GGCGGGACGGUUUGAAUGGAGCUGGGGGCGGGAUCUCGGGUGUGGGCUGAGCGAGCGAGUGGCGGUUGGUGCGAGCCGUUGCCGCGGCGACACGGCGGCGCUCACUCAGUCGCUCCCCGGCCUGCGGGCGACCCGGUGAUGCCUCGGUUAACGCGCUGUGGGCCGCCGCCGCCGCUACCGGGCCCACACCGCCGCUCCCGCACAGCCAGGGUGCUGGCCGAGAGGAACCAGGCCGUGGUGCCGGUGGGAGCCUGGGUGGAGAGCGCCAGGGACGGACCCGAUGACCAGCACCCGGCGUUUAUUACUGCUCUGGAGGUAGAUGAGCAACUAAAGGAAAUCCGUAGAGCAAAGUUGGAGAAUUUGAAACGUUUUCAAGAUGAAGUGAAGCAUCGUGUGACCGAGUAUGCUCGCAUUUGUAAGAAACAUCAACAGCAACGAACUUAUGAAGCAGUUGAAAGGGAUGAUUGUGUGAUAAAACAAUCCUCUGCAUCAGCUGAACAGCUCAUUCCAAAUAAAAGCCCAUGCCUACUUCGCAGUAAUGAUAAUGAGGUUGGGUUUGCUAUAUUAAGCCCAAGCUCAAGGUGGGUAUCUGCACAGGGGCUGAGUAAUGAAAAAGAGGAAGAUGAAGAUGUAUUCAAUGAUCAAGCAAGACAGCUGAGCAAAGUUACAAAAGAGGCUCGUCAUCGCCUUGCAUCAUGUCAAACGGUACCACAGAUGGACCUGUGCUCAAGUCUACCAGGAGGUGUCUGGAAGGUAUCUCCAACAAGAGAUAAUCCGGCAUCUCGAAGUGGGAGGGAAUUAAGUGUCACAGAACAUUUCACAUGUUUGAAAGACCAACAUGACCUGCCCGCAGAGUUGCAGGAACAGCCUCAGCAAUCAACAGAUGGGAAGCAUGUUACUUUCCAGCCCGAGCCACAGAAUGAGAAGGCCUGUAGCAGACUUAAUCGUGAGCCUUAUCCCACGGGUUCCUACCUCGGAUUUAGUACUGACUACAAGGCAACGGGCAUCCUGCGGCCAGGUGUGCACCAGGAAGAGAGUAAGAAACAGCGAGGCAGCCAGUAUAUGAUGUAUCGUCGCCUCUUCAUGGAUAUUGAACGAGAGCAGGUGAAAGAACAACGGCGCCAUCAGCAACAUUUGAAGAGAAUAGCAAAAAUUAAGGAGGAAAAGGAGAAUCUAAGAAAAGCAGAAGAAAAAAGGAUGAUUGAGUUUGCUCAUCAAAGCGAACUAGGGAUUCAAUGUGGAAGGACUGCUCAGUUCAAGGAAGAGGAAAAACAGAGGGCAGCCAAAAGCCAACGAAAUAGAGAGAGUGCAAGAUAUAUAGAAGCCUUAAGAGCACAGAUGAUGGAAAAGAUUAAAUUGCAGAAUAAUGAUCUGCCACCACUCUGCUGCUGCGGAUCUGAUUUUUGGGAUUCGCAUCCAGACAAGUGCGCAAAUAAUUGUGUCUUCUAUAAAAAUCCAAAAGUGUAUGCCAGAGCACUACAGUCUGUUUUAUGCUCAUAUGAUGCUUGGGACGGACACUACAGAAAUCGUGCUUCAGUGAAGAAGUUUGCAUUGAUGAAUGUUUGUCAAACCAAGAAGUAAUUCACCAGCUUUGGGAAACUAAAUUCAGUCCAUCGAUAAAUUUUCACUGAAAGACUCAAUCUGUAAGGUGUGAUUAGAAAAUAUGUGAGUGUUUUUAUUUUCUUAACGACUGGUGUUUGAUAAACUAUUUAUAGUGUUUUUUGUAUGAGAAACAAAUUUUUAAAAGAAAUUUAAUCAUUUUUUCUGAAUUUUCCAAUUGAGCUUAAAGUUUGAUAACUUUGAAUAGUAUCUUCAUUGGAGACCAUUUUACAGAGAAUGAAGGUGUGUAGACAUAGAAUAACAAUAAAGGAUCACCUCAAAACAUGUUUCAUUAUUUCAUGUUUCACAACUAUAUGCUACUUCAAUCCCCACCCCCGUCACCUCCAACUCUCACUGUGCCCUGCAAAGGGAGUUCCAAACAGAGAGAUGCUUUUGAGAAAAUAAAUAAUCAUGACACAUAAUUUCAUAUUUGUUAUAGGUUACCUUUGAGUUUUUUGCUACGUGUUUGAUUUGAAUAAAAAAGAUAGAAUAAUUGCAUUAAAAAGUGAUAUGGUUAUGUAGAGAGUCCAAACAUCGUGUACAAAUGUUUUUAUUAAGACAUUACAGAUUUGGCAUACAUGUGAGUUUGGUGCACUCUAACAUAAAGUCAUUGUUGCUGCUGUUGAGCAUGGUUGUUGACUCGCGAUCUCGAGCUAAGUUUCUGCAAGUGGCUUGAAUACCAGGUGGCACCACAUGACCCCCCCCAACCAGAGGAAUGAAAACGAGCAGACAGACGAAACACGGCGGCCUGAACUCGUAAAUACAACUGAAACACAACCGGCAAAGAUGACAGCGGCGAGGCUGGGUCCCCUGUACAGGCUGACCAAUGUCCCAAAUGAGCGGGCUGAAGACGAGCCACCCAUGUCGAGCACAAAGUCACAUUAAGUAGACACACAGGCAGUCCUUGAGGGCAGAAGCGGGCGGGACGGCGAAACAGAAAAGAGCAAGUCCACCUUCAUCCGGAAGGUGGAGGGCAGCUCCUGCUGUGGGUCUGUGGGCAGCCCGGCCAUGGGUCAAGAUUGUGGGGAUCGCGGGUGCAGUCUGCGCUCUGGCUGUGGGCAAUGAAAGAACAAGGAAAAACAACAGGAGUGGAAAAUGAAAAAAAAAACUGCAGACACCAGAUGGGGCUGCCAUUGACGGCCAUUAGAGCAAGUCCUGGUGGCCCGGAACGAGCAUCGACCCCCCCCAUCGGGGCAAAAUGCUCACCACUAUUCCCGUGUCAACAAAGGAACGCCUCUCGGAAUGCCGGUCUCUAACGUAGGGGCGAUGUUGCUGGCCGGCUGAGGCGUUUCCUGGAUGCUUGCAGGUCGGUCGACCUUGACGGGCCUCUGAACCCACCGCUGGAGGUAGGAGGACCACGUACCUUCGCCGGUGUCACUCAAGACCAGCCACACUGCCGUUCCCUUGGUGAAAACAGGAACCGGCGACCAUGGGUCAGGACCGUGGGGCCCGCGGACACUCUGCCUGUGGGCUGUCCCGGCUAUGGGCCAUUGGGAUCCAUCGCUGUACCGCCGACUCACGACUGACUGAGGCUCAACCCUGCUGCUGGGCCGACCACAGCUCGACGUAUGGACAGCCAGCGGAUGAGGAUUAUCGAAAUCCUUACCGGCACGGAGCAGGCGGACGUCAUCGGGCCUCCGCUCCAGGUAAACCUGCUCGAUUGGGAGGUAGGGCUUGCGGUCGUCAAUCAAGAUCUGGAUCGCACCCAUCGACCCGGACGGCCUGGGAUCGCCGAGACCAGUCUUAGGCAGGAGUCGAGCAGCCCAAUCGCAGCGGUGGAGACCAAAGGUACGUUACAGGAGUGCGUUGAGGCUAUUGUCGGCGGCAUAUUGUUACAGCACGGAGUUGACGGCUGUAUCCAUAGCGCAAAAUCACUGUAGAACUGGGCUGUCGGCUGCGGACAGCGAGAAAUCUAAAAUAUUGCUUUGGAAUGUCGGGUCACCAUAGUAGAGAGUCCAAACGUUGUGUGCAAACGUUGUUUUAAUUAAGACAUUGCAGGUUUGGCAUACAUGCGAGUUUAACAUAAAGUCUUCUUGCGUAUGGCGUGCAUAGCCUAAAGUUGCAGGACAACUUGUUCUAUUUGAUUGUGCACGCCAGGUUGAUUUCAUUCGUCGAAACAGGGCAGACCAGGUGAAGGUUGCAAUCUCUCACCCCAACAUAAAGUCUUUGUUGCUGCUGUUGAGCGAGGUUGUUGACUUGUGAUCUCAAGCUGACUUUCUGCUGUUGUUGUAGGACACACCCCUAAACUCAUGACGUUCUCUUCCCGCCAAACGCACUCACGUGACUGUUCCAGUUCUGGUGACGAGGGUUCGAUCAGUAAGUGGCUUGACCACCAGGUGGCGCCACAGUUAACUAUUUUCCACAAUUUGCCCUUCCACAAGUGCAAACGCAUUUAGUUUUGACUCUACAACUUGUGGGAAAAAGUGUUAUCACCGACAGUUUAGCAAUUAAUAAAGCAUUCAAACUAAUUAUGUGAAAUUGAAAUGUCCAGAUCAUAGGUGAAUUAAAAUCAGCAAAUUAAGAUGACCACGGCUGUUCCAUUUUUGUGAUGACUUUGGCCUUAUUCAUAUUUGUUUUAUUUGUGUGUGCCCACUUUGAAUAAAAAUGCUGACUUGAAAUG